CCACAACAUUCGAUUUGAAUUUCAACACCAAAAUCCCAGACAGCGAGAUAUUUCAAUGUUCUAUCUGGAUUGAUAGAAUUUCAGUUCACGUAACCUAGAAUGCCGCUCAAUACGAACACUAUUCUGCGACGAGGGGUAACAGUAUUCGGACAAGCAAUACUUGCGAGCCGAGGAAGCUUUCGAUCACUAUGGCAAGCCCGGCAAAGAAGCGCAAGCUCAACAAUGGCUCUAAAAUCACUCCCAAACCAUCUCGGAAUCUAGAUUUCUUCUUUGGGAAGAAUAGAGAAGAUGCGCCUUCAAGACCGGCCACGGAUACUGACACUGCGCAGGCCUCGAAUGGCCCCAGUAACUCCAACGAUUCUUCUGCCUUGACAGACGAACAGCUAGCACGAAAAUUGCAAGCCGAAUGGAAUGAUGAGGAUAGUAGCGGCGGCGCAGAAGAACCUGUCGAGUCCGCGGUUGCCAAUGAGAAGAGAGACGCGACCGAGCUGGUCAAAGAGAAUGGGUCCCCCAUCAAUACCGUGUCUGAGGAACCUUCAGAUGAAAUGGAAGCUUCCAAUGAGAAGACUGCCGAGACCAUGGAUGCAGUUCCUUCAUUGCCAUCUCUGGCCUCAAAAGUUGGGAAUACACUCUCAUUGCAGUCGGCUGGUACUGCCGAAGAUACUGUAUCUUCCAACAUACCCUUUGACGAAAGUCCCCUGACUUUCGACCCCUCAAAAUACGUGCCAGAUCUGCAAGGGCAUUGGGCUGCAGAAGGUGGUAAUGCAUCAUAUGCACUGCUUACAAGAUGUUUCGUGUUAGUUAACAGCACACAGUCACGUAUCAAGAUAGUAGAUACUCUUGUCAACAUGCUCCGAGUAAUCAUUGAAGGAGAUCCCAGCAGUCUCUUACCCACGGUCUGGUUAGCCACGAAUAGCAUCUCGCCUCCCUACAUAUCGCUCGAACUUGGACUUGGCGGUUCAGCUAUCUCGAAAGCCUUGAAAAAUGUGUGUGGCCUAGAUAAUAAAUCAUUGAAAACACUAUACGACAAGCAUGGAGAUGCUGGUGAUGUUGCAUUUGAAGCAAAGAAGAAGCAGAGUUUUACUCUUCGAAAACCCAAACCUCUCACCAUAAAGGCUGUCUAUCAAUCGCUAGUAAAAAUUGCAAACACUCAAGGCACAGGCAGUGCACAAGCCAAGCAGAGGAUUGUUGAUCGCCUCUUGCAAGAUGCUAGAGGAGCCGAAGAAAGUCGAUAUAUCGUCCGGACCUUGUGCCAGCAUGUCAGUGACUGCAUUUCUCUCCUAUGCGUUUGAAACUUCGGGCUAACAAGUAAAACAGCUACGAAUCGGUGCUGUCAAAACUACUAUGCUCAUCGCAUUAUCCCGUGCUUUCCUCCUAUCCAAGCCCCCUGGUGCCGAGUUUCUUCUCAAGUCUCAAAGUGAGCUCGCAGGCCUGAAGAAAGAGGCUUUAGCAGAAGUCUGGGCUAAACCGGAAGAAAUUGUAAAAGAAUGCUUUGCAAAAAGACCAAAUUACAACGGCCUCGUCCCUGCGCUUCUGGAAAUUGGCGUUUGCAAUGAGCUUCUUGUCCGAUGUGGUCUGGCUCUCUAUGUUCCCUUACGUCCCAUGUUGGGCAGUAUUACUCGAGAUUUAUCCGAAAUGCUCACCAAGUUGCAAGACCGAGAGUUCAGCUGCGAGUAUAAAUACGAUGGUCAACGUGCUCAAGUACACUGCGACAAAGAUGGAAAAGUCUCCAUCUUCUCUCGACAUCUUGAGCUCAUGACGGACAAAUAUCCAGAUAUAGUAGCACUCAUUCCCAAGAUUCGAGGAGAUGGCGUAUCAAGUUUCAUCUUAGAAGGGGAAGUCGUUGCUGUGGACCAAGAAACAGGCGAUCUGAAAACGUUCCAAACACUUGCCAAUCGCGCUCGCAAAGACGUAGCUAUUGGUAGUGUCAAAGUGGAAGUCUGUCUCUUCUCCUUUGACUUGAUGUAUUUGAAUGGCGAGUCGCUACUCAAUCGGCCAUUCCGCGAGAGAAGAGAACUACUCAGAAGCCUAUUCAUCGAGGUCCCCAAAAGAUUUACUUGGGUAAAAAACAUCGACGCCACAUCCCAAGACUCUGAAACAGUCCUCGAGUUCUUCAAAAGUGCCAUCGACAUUAAAUGCGAAGGCAUCAUGGUCAAAAUCCUCGACAACUUACCUAACCUCAAACCACCCGAUUCAGCACCACCAAGCGAACCAACCACCCCUUCCAAAAACAAAAAGAAGGGAGCCACCACAGAGAAAAAGACUAGGAGGAAAGCACUUCUAGCAACCUACGAACCAGACAAACGUCUCGACUCCUGGCUCAAAGUAAAAAAAGACUACUCCACCACCUCCGACACUCUGGACCUCAUCCCCAUCGCAGCCUGGCACGGCCAAGGCCGCAAAGCCGCCUUCUGGUCACCCAUCCUACUAGCCGUCCGCAACGAGGAAAUCGGCUCGCUAGAAGCCGUCUGUAAAUGCAUCUCGGGCUUCACAGACACCUUCUACAAAGCCAACAAGGAGUUCUACUCCCCAGGCGGUGUCCACACACUCGAGCGCAAACCGGGGUAUGUUGAGUAUGAGGGCGGUCACCCUGAUGUGUGGUUUGAACCGCAGGAGGUGUGGGAGAUGGCUUUUGCAGAUAUUACGAUCAGUCCGGUGUACACUGCGGCGAUUGGGUUGGUGAGGGAGGAGAAGGGCUUGAGUCUGAGGUUUCCGAGGUUUUUGAGGAAGAGGCAUGAUAAGGGGGUGGAGGAGGCGAGUACGAGUGAGUUCCUGGCGGGUCUUUGGAGGAAGCAGGAGGAGAGGGUUGUGGUUGGUGGCGGUGGUGCGGCGGGAAAGGGCGGGGAUGAGGAGGGGGAAGAUGAGUGA